AUGCCGUACUCUCUAUCGGGCCGUAAUGUCCUCAUUACUGGCGGAUCUCGGGGACUGGGAGCUCUUGUGGCUCAGAAAUUCGCUGCUGAAGGAUCCAACGUUGCUAUCAACUAUGUCUCGAGCAAAGACGCAGCGGAGCAGGUUGCCCGUGAUAUUGAAGCUCAGUAUAAAGUAAAGGCAGAACUUAUUCAAGGAGAUGCAAGCAGUGAGCCCAGUUGCAAGAGAAUCGUACAGACAGCUAUUGAAAAACUGGGUGGUCUGGACAUUGUGAUAUCUAAUGCGGGGUGGACCAGGAUAACCACAUUCAGUGAUCUAGACGCAAUGAGCGACGAGGAGUGGGACAAGUGUUGGUCCGUCAAUGUCAAAGGCCACUUUUAUCUCUUCAAGGCGGCAGAACCUACUUUCAAUGCGAACCCAGAGGGGGGAUCCUUCAUUCUGACUUCAUCCACGGCAGCUGUUUCAGCAAGUGGGAGCAGUCUGGCAUACUCUGUCACAAAGGCAGCAGGAUUGCAUCUUAUGAAGUGUCUGGCGCAGAGUCAGGGAAGUAAGAUCCGAGUCAACGCCGUACUGCCAGGCCUGAUGCUCACAGAUUGGGGGCAACGUUUCAGUCCAGAGAGUAUCCAAGCCAUGACUGACCGCGCGGUACUAAAAAAAGUUUCCGAGAUUGAUGAUAUAGCCGGUAUGUAUCUUACCAUCGCAAAGAAUUCAUCAAUGACAGGUCAAUCAAUUCAAGUUGGUAAGUGUUGA